CACAACUCUAAAUUGAAUUUGUCACUGAAUACGCAAUAGGGAAGCGUCAUCGUUCAACGUAACCAAGUUUGAUAACUUAACUUUCUCUCCGUUCAGAGCCCGUUGAAGGAGGCAUCCAGCUUCAUUCCGCGAUUGCCAGCGAACCAAGUUGUUCGUGGCCGCCGCGCCCGCGUCAGACACACGUUGUUCAAGUGACCCAUGGUUUUUUAAGUGACAUCAGUGAUUAAAACGUCAAAAUGGGAACGUUUGUCAAGUUACGCCAAAGUUUCCUGUUUCUGGCCCUGUUUCUACUAACAAACGCACAGAAUCUGGAAGAAAGCAAUGUUCAGACAGUCCCAAGUGAUCUGCGGCGGGCUGUCAGCGAGGCGCUGGCGUUGGAGAGAAGAUUCUCACAAGGAGGAAACAUCCCACAAGACUGUUCAUCAGAGGAAGACGAGGCUAGCAAUACCCCGUGUCCCCCAAGCAAGUACCGUAGUGCAAGUGGCGAAUGCAACAAUGUAAGACACCGGCCGUGGGGCCGGCGAGGCGAUGUCUUCUUACGCCUUCUUCCACCGAAGUAUGCUGAUGGUGUAUCUGCACCAGUAUCACCUCCUCACAUCCCAGAAGCCUCUUUGGCAGUACAGGCUGUAUCCCAACUAGCUGAGCCCAAAGACAAUGACUUCGUUACCAGUAUGCUGGCUGCUUGGGGACAGUUUAUCAUGGACGACCUCAUAGCUACGGCUAAUGGAAAUAAGAAAUGUGACGGGUCAGAUUGUAAAUACCUAAGAUCGGCGCCAGCAAGGAAUUUAGAUUCUUGCAAUUUUGAACACAGAGAACAAAUGAAUUUGGCUACAUCUGUGCUCGACGGCUCUGCCAUAUACGGAAGCUCCGAAAAGGAACUACGCUCAUUGCGAUUGUACGACGCUGGCAAAGUCGACCUUGCGUCGUGUCGAAAGUGUAACGAUGGCACCCCUGCAGCGCCCCUUUACACUGCUUUAUUAGCAGAACACAAUCGUAUAGCUGGUGAACUAUACUCCUUGAAUCCAUUCUGGGAAGAUAACGCGAUAUUCUUGGAGAGUAGACGAGCGCUCGCAGCCAUCAUACAACAUAUUACAUACAAUGAGUUCCUACCUGUUUUAUUGGGCGAGGUUGGUAUGGCCAAAGCCGAGUUGAAGCUGACGUCACUGGGAUUCUGGCGAGGCUACUCCAGUGCAAACCGCGCGGGCGCAUACGCGGAGAUCCUUUCCGUUGCGCCCAUAUUCGACGCUAUGAUGAAUGAGAAAUUGAUCAACGAAACAAUAUCAGUUAAAGAUUUAGUUCAAACGACUGCUCAUAGCGUGUCAAAAUUACCGCCAACCGCUCAAUGGGACCUCAAAAGAAAUCGGGAUCACGGAGUACCCACGUAUUUACGAGUACUGAGAAUGUGCGAGCCAAUGCUUUCUGUAAAAUCGUAUGGAGAUUUUGAAAAAUUGGGCUUCGAUAGGGCUCAGCAGGAAAUGAUGGCGGAUAUGUACAGAAAUGCUGAAGACGUUGAACUAAUGGUGGGUGGGGCCAUGGAGAAGCCGGCGACGGGCGCUGUCAUCGGAUCAACUUUGGCUUGUGUACUCGCAAUGCAGUUUGCCAACCUCAAGAAGAGUGACAGAUUUUGGUAUGAAAAUGACAUACCACCAUCAUCAUUUAUGCCAGAACAACUCGGAGCGAUCAGAAAAGUCUCCCUUGCUGGUCUACUCUGUGCCAAUGAUGACUCUCUUACCAACAUACAACCGAAAGUCUUUGUUAAGGAAGAUCCUUACUUAAACGCGGCACAAAAUUGUGGUCAACACGGUCGUUUGGAACUGUCCGUAUGGAAGGACGAAAGCGGGGCUCGUGCGGCGGAAAGACUCACACAAGACACCCUUGCCACAGCCUUGGAGAAGGCCAAACAGGAAAUGGCUGAUCGGAAGAAACUUGAAUAUAUGCUUUGGGAGAGUCGUGGAGGUGCAGACCCCAAAUCACCAGUGGGUACAGCAGCGUCGUUUUCCAAAGCGAACAAAUAUGCGUUGAAACUCGCCAACACCUCACUCUUCUUCGAAUUUGCAACUAAUGAGCUUAUUAACUCUGUGAAUGGACGUCGUCGCAAACGUCAGGUGUUCGGCGACUCGCUCGGUUUCGGCUCCUCAAAUGACUUCGUCGAUUCUCUACAGUCCGUUGACAUCAGCAGUUUCCUUGGAUCUGAUCAAUUAGGUCCAGCGAUCGAGCCCCAAUGUGAUGAUUCUGGACCAUGUGAUGCUAAUUCUCCAUUCAGAACUUACACUGGACAUUGCAAUAAUUUGAGAAAUCCUAGUUUGGGCAAAGGUUUGACGACCUUUGCAAGAUUACUGCCACCAGUGUAUGAAGAUGGCGUAAGUCGUCCCCGCAUAAACACAGUGACUGGUACCCCUCUACCUUCCCCCCGUACGGUGUCAACUGUCAUACAUCCUGACAUUUCCAAUCUUCAUACACGGUAUACCCUCAUGGUGAUGCAGUUCGCGCAAAUCGUGGAUCACGAACUCACUAUGACACCUAUACAUAAAGGUUUCCACGAGUCAAUCCCAGACUGUCGUUCAUGUGACGCUGCAAGGACGGUCCAUCCUGAAUGCAACCCGUUCCCUGUUCCCCGCGGGGACCAUUAUUACCCCGAAGUAAAUGUUACAUCUGGGGAACGUCUUUGCUUCCCGUUCAUGAGAAGUUUGCCUGGACAGCAGCAGCUUGGACCUAGGGAACAAGUGAAUCAAAAUACAGCGUUCAUAGACGCAUCAGCAAUAUAUGGAGAAAAUCCUUGUAUUGUCCGCAAAUUGCGCGGUUUCAACGGACGCCUUAAUGCGACCACGAAUCCUCACAAUGGCAGGGAAUUGCUUCCGAGAACCGACAGCCAUCCCGAAUGUAAGGCGCCUAGUGGAUUCUGUUUUAUCGCUGGUGACGGUAGAGCGUCCGAGCAACCAGGUCUGACCGCACUGCACACAAUUUGGAUGAGAGAACACAACCGCAUAGUGGAAGGCCUUAGAGGGGUUAACCCGCACUGGGACGCCGAUUUACUAUUCGAACACGCCCGUCGUAUAGUUUCGGCUGAACUAAGUCACGUAAUAUACAAUGAGUUCCUUCCGAGACUGUUGUCUUGGAACGCUGUCAAUCUGUAUGGACUCAAGCUUUUGCCUUCAGGUUACUACAAAGAAUACUCUCCAACCUGCAACCCAUCUAUGGUGAAUGAGUUUGCCGCUGCAUCAUUCAGAUUCGGACACUCAUUAUUAAGACCGCAUCUGCCAAGAUUGUCACCGACAUAUCAACCCGUGGACCCACCCAUUUUACUACGAGAUGGAUUCUUCAGGCCCGACAUGUUUAUGAACCACCCACCUUUAGUAGACGAGCUGAUGCGUGGUCUUGCAUCAACACCAAUGGAAACCCUCGACCAGUUCAUCACUGGUGAAGUAACCAACCAUCUCUUUGAGGACCGGAAGAUUCCUUUCUCGGGAAUAGAUCUCGUUGCCCUCAACAUCCAAAGGGCUCGAGACCACGGAAUACCAAGUUACAAUAACUACAGAGCUCUGUGUAACCUGAAGAGAGCGACAUCCUUUGAAGACCUUUCGCGUGAGAUACCAGAUGAAGUGAUUGCAAGGUUUAAGCGUAUUUAUCCCACUGUAGACGACAUCGAUCUAUUCCCCGGAGGAAUGAGUGAGCGGCCUUUGCAAGGAGGUCUCGUAGGACCCACUUUCGCCUGUAUUAUUGCUAUACAGUUCCGUCAGCUUAGGAAAUGUGACCGAUUCUGGUAUGAAAACGAUAACCCAGCAGCCAGAUUCACAGAGCAACAAUUGGCCGAGAUUAGAAAAACCACUCUGUCAAAGGUCCUUUGUGAUAACUUUGACGUUCCCACAGAUAUACAACGCGCUGCUUUUGACUUACCAAGCAAUUUCUUAAACCCUCGCGUUUCUUGCGCGUCGCUGCCAAAGUUGGACCUAUCAGCGUGGCGGGAAAAUUCAGCACAAGGCUGUUUAAUAGCGGGACGCGCUGUACCCUUAGGCGACUCUGCCUUCCCAUCACCCUGUACAUCAUGUAUCUGUACUGCUGAAGGGGCUCAAUGCGCAUCUUUGCGCAUAACGGACUGCGCGCAAUUGUCCCGCGAAUGGCCGCGUGAAGCAAUUCUACGCGAUGACGUCUGUACGGCGCAAUGUGGCGCCGCCCCACAGGGUAGACCACCGAGGCGACACAAUAUUAACUUCAAUUUCCCGGACUUAACUGGAUUUAUCGCUAAGUGAGUAAG